UCAGCGCGGAGACGCACACAGCAGCAGCAGGUCGCGACGUCCCUGUCCACUCGAGGACUGGACCCGGGAGAUUCGCUGGAGAAGCCCGUGUGUACCAGACCUGAGCACUCUCUUUCACCCGCUUUUACUACGACAUCUACCCCUGAAGUGACAAAUAAGUGUCGCUCCGGGAAAACUCCAGGGGAAAUUCGCGCGACUUUCGGCUUCGGGACUCACCUGAACAUGGCUUCUACCACCUGCACAAGGUUCACGGACGAAUACCAGCUCUACGAGGAGCUGGGGAAGGGUGCAUUCUCCGUGGUGCGGCGCUGCAUGAAGAAUUCCACUGGGCAAGAAUACGCGGCCAAAAUAAUCAAUACCAAGAAGCUAUCUGCCCGAGAUCACCAGAAACUGGAAAGGGAGGCCCGGAUUUGUCGUCUGCUCAAACAUCAUAAUAUUGUGCGUCUCCAUGACAGCAUAUCAGAGGAGGGCUUCCACUACCUGGUGUUUGACCUAGUGACAGGCGGGGAGCUCUUUGAGGACAUCGUUGCCAGAGAAUACUACAGUGAAACGGAUGCCAGCCAUUGCAUCCAGCAGAUUCUAGAGGCUGUGCUCCACUGUCACCAGAUGGGUGUGGUCCAUCGGGAUCUCAAGCCUGAGAAUCUCCUCCUGGCCAGUAAAUUGAAGGGAGCAGCGGUCAAACUGGCAGAUUUCGGCUUGGCCAUAGAAGUACAGGGAGACCAGCAGGCAUGGUUUGGCUUUGCAGGCACACCGGGAUACUUGUCUCCAGAGGUGUUGAGGAAGGAUCCAUACGGAAAGCCUGUGGACAUGUGGGCCUGUGGUGUGAUCCUGUACAUCCUGUUAGUGGGGUACCCUCCUUUCUGGGACGAGGACCAACACAAGCUCUAUCAGCAGAUUAAAGCAGGAGCCUAUGACUUUCCUUCUCCAGAGUGGGACACAGUAACAUCAGAGGCGAAAGAUCUGAUCAACAAGAUGCUCACAAUUCACCCAGCCAAGAGAGUGACCGCCACGGACGCACUGAAGCACCCCUGGAUCUGCCAACGCUCCACUGUGGCCUCCAGUAUGCACAGGCAGGAGACCGUGGACUGCCUCAAGAGGUUUAACGCCAGGAGGAAACUAAAGGGUGCCAUCCUGACCACCAUGCUCGUCAAUCGCAACUUCUCAGCAGCCAAGAGCCUCAUCAACAAAAAGCCCGAUAGUGUCAAAGGUUCCAGUGAGAGUGCCAACACCACCAUAGAGGAUGAAGAUGUCCGAGCCCGCAAGCAAGAAAUUAUCAAAGUGACAGAGCAGCUCAUCGAAGCGAUCAACAAUGGAGAUUUUGAGGCCUAUACGAAAAUAUGUGACCCUGGGCUGACGUCGUUUGAACCCGAGGCUCUGGGGAACCUGGUGGAGGGCACGGACUUCCACCGCUUUUACUUCGAAAAUGCUCUGUCCAAACACAAACAGGCAAUCCACACCAUCCUGCUGAACCCUCACGUGCACCUGAUCGGGGACGAGGCUGCAUGCAUUGCGUACAUCCGCCUGACGCAGUACAUGGACUCCAGCGGCCUGCCCCGGACCAUGCAGUCAGAGGAGACGCGCAUAUGGCACCGCCGAGACAGCAAGUGGCAAAACAUCCACUUCCACCGCUCUGGGUCACCCACCGUGCCCCUCAACGGAGGACCACGACUAGGCUGACAAUAUCCCUGAUCCUCCAGAGGACUCCUUGACCAGACCUCUUGUCCUUCUACAUGUCCAUCAAACCCUUUCGACCAAUCCUUGCCCAGUCUGUAGCUAGAGCUCCGCCCUCUCAGUGUGUUGUUUACAUAGCGUCGCUGCUGGACGGAAAUUCUCGUAAAACUUUUUUUUUUUUUUUUUUUUUUUUAGGGGGGGGUGUGCUGUGUUCACACUUGUCAGUUCACCCGAGCCAUCAUUUAGUGACAGUCUUUUAAUAUUGCACACUAACUAUUGUAAGGGGAAAAUAUAUUGAAUCUUUUGCCAUGUAUGAGUUUUUUGCUUAUAAAUGAUCUUGUAUCUCGGUAUGUUUACUACCAAUUUUAACGUUUAAAUUGGCCAUCAGUUGUGAAUGUAACCAUUACACAAAGCCAUUUUAAAGGCAGGUUUUCAUCAUGUGAAACUAUCCACCUCUUGUAUUUCUUUGGAUUUUUAUAUUGUGAUAUUGAUGCAGUAACUUGUCCCUCCACUUUGACAAUAUAUAUUUUUUCAUUUGACUUCUACCUUUAAAACAAUAGUACAGUUCCAACUAUUGUUUUACAUGGGACCAUGAUUUUUUUUUUUUCCAAAUUUGAUCACAACUUGUGUCACGGGUGUAUUGGUGUUUAGUUUUCAUAUUGUAGAUACAAAGUUCUUGUUAGGACAUUUGGAACAGAAAAAAUGGGUUAAGAGUAGAAAUGACAUAUUUGGUGUUCUUGAAAUCCUUCUCUAGUUUGAUUAAAAGUUUCCCUCCUUUGCGAUUCCUGGUGGUACACUGGUAUAACAUGUUGUGGUGGGACAAGUCUGAUGUGUGGUAACAAAAUAUAUAAUAAAAUGUGUGAUUAUACCCAAGGA